UCUUUCCCCUACAACGCACGCAACAAAGAAAAAAACCCAGCAACUUUAUGAUACCGACCUUGAAAGAAAAAAAAAAUAAUAAUAAUAAUACUAAUAAUAAUUGCCAUUGGUCUUUGCCUGGGCCAGCCAAGUCAGUCUCCGUCUCAGUUCAACUCUGAGUCUACUCCCAAACUCACAUGCUUACCUUCCUGCGGCCACGGGAAUCCUGAAAUAACUCACUCGGGAAGACUAUAUAUGUAUAUAUAUAUAUAUAGAUAUAUAAAUACACAUUUCUUUUCCUCAUAAUUUGCAUUAAAUUACAGGAAUUCUCAAAAGCUCACAGCUCAAAGAUUGGAAUUGGAGUUGGAAUUUCCAAGUUCAGUGGAUCUGGUAUUUUAUUGGAUCUUUCAUUUUCAUCAAAAGAAGAAGUAAUGAGCAUCGGCUUCGUGAACGAAUGAAGGAAGCUUAAAUGAAGGCGCGGAAAGUAGCUCAUCAGCAGAAACAGCCUUACUAUAAAUGGAAGAGGAAGUAUUUCGCUGUGCUAUUGAUGACCUUGUGUUUCGGAAGCUUGUCGUUGUUGAUGAUGCAGUCUCAAUACAGUCGUAUUAUGACGCUUUCUUCUUCUUUGCGUGCUCAGAAGCCGAAGAUCGCUUUCUUGUUCAUAGCUCGCAAUCGUCUUCCUUUGGACAUUGUUUGGGACUCUUUCUUUCAGGGAGGGGAGAAUAGAUUUUCAAUUUAUGUUCAUUCUAGGCCUGGGUUUCUAUUCAACAAGGCAACGACAAGGUCGGACUAUUUUCUGAAUCGCCAAGUCAAUGAUAGUAUACAGGUAGAUUGGGGACAAGCAAGCAUGAUCGAGGCAGAGCGUAUAUUGCUUAGGCAUGCACUUGAGGAUACUUAUAAUCAACGGUUUGUUUUUCUUUCUGACAGUUGCAUCCCUCUUUACAACUUCAGCUAUAUAUAUGACUACAUCAUGUCAACCUCAACCAGUUUUGUAGACAGUUUUGCUGAUACAAAGGAGGGCCGAUACAAUCCAUUAAUGGCUCCUGUUAUUCCUGUUUAUAAUUGGAGAAAAGGAUCUCAGUGGGUUGUUUUGACUAGGAAGCAUGCUGAGGUUGUGGUGAAUGACAAUAUAGUCUUUCCUAUGUUUCAAUGGCAUUGCAAGAGAAGGUCACUGCCUGAGUUUUGGCGGGAUCGACCCCUUCCGGCUGAUGCAUCCAAGGAGCAUAAUUGUAUACCAGAUGAACAUUACGUUCAAACGUUACUGGCACACGAAGGCCUCGAAGAAGAAAUAACACGAAGAUCACUGACAUAUUCAUCAUGGGAUCUAUCAUCCUCAAAAGACCGUGAGCGUCGUGGAUGGCAUCCUGUGACUUACAAGUAUUCAGAUGGUACUCCUAAGCUUCUAAAAUCUAUAAAGGAGAUAGAUAAUAUCUAUUAUGAGACUGAGAACCGCAGAGAAUGGUGCAGCAGCAAAGGGGAACCUUCUGCGUGCUUUCUUUUUGCAAGAAAGUUUACCCGGCCUGCUGCUCUCCGGCUUCUAAACACUUCAGCACUGGAGCUCUAAAUGAAGCAACAAAGAAGUAUAUCCUAACUAUGGCCAAAGUUUAUAAUUAGCUAAAACUGGCUAGUCUUAGGAAUAAGUCAUUGGAUUCCAAUGAGAUACAAGGACGGCUAUCAGAUGAGUGGGAAAGAGGUUGGAGUAUUUUCCUAAGUUGUAUAGUUAAUAUUUUUAAGAAAUAUACAGAAUAGAAAGGAAAUCAUUGUCAUAUAUUUGCUCCAGAUUGUGAAAAAGAAAUAUCACCAUUAUACGUAGUAAUCAGCCCACCAUUCAGAAUCAGCUUUCCUGUUAGCAGUGCUAUAUUUACAAAGUUCUUCUGCAUUUACUCCAUCGCAGUAGGUUAGAUAUUUGAUGUUCACAGAACAAAUAGAUGAAGGUGAUACAGUAUGACAUACUACCUCGUGGAGUGAAAAGUUUAUGAAAUAUUUGGGUGUACCAACAACGAGUUUCUUUUUCCAUUUUGUGUAACAAAGUAGUUCUAAACCUGAAACAGUAGUUGGUUUUAUGACUUGCCUGAACUGGGGCCAUUUUGCCCCCAAACCCAA